GGCAGAGGUAUCCGUAUCCGUAAAUUCCAGUGCAGAGGUACCUGGUCAUCGAGACCGCUGCUUCUCGCAACUCCACGAGUCCAGCCUGCCCGCCACUAGCAUCAACUUUACACUUUCCCGCACAACAGAAUUCCUUUUCCUUUUACCCACACCUGCUCUCCUCACUGGCCCUCGCCUCCCCUCCAACUCAGUUUCCAGUCUUCUGUCCAGCUUUUCUUUUUCCGAUCUCCCUCACAGUUCACUCCCCUUCGUCACUUGACAGAUCAGAUCCGAACCGCCAGUACGGCCUGAUCUCUUCUCUCAUUGAUUGAUUCCCUGGGCCGAACGCGCUUUCUUGUCACACCCAGGCUGUCUACGGUCUACCUACAUCACUGUCAUCACCUUCCAUUCCCAAACUACCGUCUCUCUCUGAUCUUAGUCUUAUAAGGCUCAGGUCUCUCCAGGCCUCCUCCCCAUAUUGCCAUACCUUAUACCCACCCACCCGGGGGCACCUCUCAUACAGCACGCUCCUUCGCUGCCAAGGUACUCCCAAAGGUACCCAAAGGUGUCGCUCUCGGUACCAAAGGUACAUCGGUGCUUACCUUAGCUUAGGCCCGUACUCAAUUGCACUUACCCGCCCGCCUAUCGAGGUCCUGGUGAUACCCACAUUUAUUCCUCCGACACUGUCCUUGCCCGCCUUCCCGGUCGCACUCUCGUCUUCCGUCCUUCGCUACCCAUCUCCCUCGACAGCUCCCGCCCAUCCCCGAUCUUCAGGGUCGUCGCUCAUCAUCCAUCCAUCCUCACUCCGUCCGAUAAACAAUCAUAACAACUCACCGCUCUCGCUUUCGAUCCUAGCCGUCGCUGCGUCCUCUCUCGAGGCCUUUUGAUUCGAAACGCCUACCUUACCGCCGAGUCCUCCGCCGACCGAACGAUCAUCACUACCAAUCGACGACGACGCCCUGCGAUCCAUCUCAGUCUCGCCAUUAAUUUUCACCCCGUCAGCCUUAUCUGAUACUACUAUGGGCAUUUAACGUGCGUCCAUUCGGGAUCUCACGCGCGGUUAAAUCAUUUCGACGGCUCCUUGAGCCCUGCAAUCGAACAUUUAACGCACCCAAAUCCCAUCGUUACUCCCAUCGGCGGCUCAACCGAAGCCCCGGCCUCUUUCGAAAAUGGGUGCCUGUAUGAGCUCAAACAACGAGGAGGUGGAACAGAAAAAGAAGAGUCAGGCAAUCGAUCGACAGCUGGAAGAGGACUCGAAGAGGUUACGCCGGGAAUGCAAGAUUCUUCUGCUCGGAUCCGGAGAAAGUGGUAAAUCCACGAUAGUAAAGCAGAUGAAGAUUAUCCAUCUGAAAGGCUACUCCGAAGAUGAAUUGUACAACUACCGCCCGACCGUGUUCAAGAACCUGGUGGAAUGCGCAAAAGCAGUGAUCCAGGCCAUGCGACAAUUCGACAUCGAGCCGGUAAUCGAAGAGAACAAGGCGUAUGCCACCUUCCUCAUGGAAUACACAGCCGAAUCUGGCCCCCAAGCACAUAUCGAUCCCCAGAUUGGAAUCGCCAUCCAGUCAAUAUGGAGCGAUCCCGCGAGGGAACAGCUCAUGGAGAGGCAGACUGAGUUCUACUUGAUGGAUUCUGCAGAAUACUUCUUCCAAGAGGUCAUGCGGAUCGUAGCACCAGACUACCUCCCGAACGAAAUGGAUGUUCUCAGAGCCAGAACGAAGACAACUGGUAUCUACGAGACAAGAUUUCAGAUGGGUCAACUCAGCAUACACAUGUUCGAUGUUGGCGGUCAAAGAAGCGAAAGAAAGAAGUGGAUUCACUGUUUUGAAAAUGUCACUUCAAUUAUCUUCUGCGUUGCCCUUAGCGAGUACGACCAAGUUUUGCUGGAGGAGAGCAGUCAGAACCGAAUGAUGGAAAGUCUACUGUUGUUUGACUCGGUGGUGAACUCAAGGUGGUUUAUGCGCACCAGUAUCAUUUUGUUCCUGAACAAGGUGGAUAUCUUCAAGCAGAAGCUCGGACGUUCACCACUGGGCAAUUACUUCCCAGACUACUCAGGCGGUAACGACGUCAACAAGGCAGCCAAGUAUCUCCUCUGGAGGUUCAACCAGGUUAACCGAGCACACCUCAACCUGUAUCCCCACCUGACUCAAGCAACCGACACAUCCAACAUCCGAUUGGUGUUUGCGGCCGUCAAGGAGACGAUCCUCAACAACGCUCUUAGGGACUCUGGCAUCCUAUAAACCGCCAGUCGCCUCGGCUACAAAUUUUCCUUAAUGUUUAGAUUCAUCUCCUCUGUUGCGGGUCAGCGUUUUAUAGCAUUGCCGGGCGUUGUGGGCGGCACCUCGUUUGGACGGCGUUCACUCUGGUUUAUACGCUCGCUUGCGAUACGACACGGGUGCGAGCGAAUCGUCGGUUAGUGCCUCGACUCGAGAACAGCACGGCACGACAAUUCCUUUUCCAUUUGCAUCACGGAACCAAUUGCUUGAAGAUGGACAUUCGCAACCGGUUGCUGCCCGCCUACGCGAGAUACGCCAGGUUGUUGUGGUGGAAGAGAUGCCCAUGUGAAAGCGUUUCUGGGACGAAAAGCACGCCAUGGGUUGGAGUAUGGUAUGGGAAACGGGAAAUUCAAAGAUGAUGUGAUGAAUUGGCCGUUCGUUUUCUUUUGUCUCUGUUUUGGGAUGAUGCUCGAAACUUGGGAAAGCGACAGCAUCUACCCUGUUGGAAGCGGUAGCGUAAGGGCCUGAUUGAUAGCUGGAGAGAGUUGCGACAGCUAAAUGAAGCACAUCUCUAUAUGCGAACCAUUCGUGUGCCAGGAACGUGCCAGUACGCUUUGUGCACGCAACUCAUGGAUGUUCAAAGAGCUCAUUCCAGAUUCUUAGCAUGGAUAGAGGGGAGGGGGGCGGGCUGGUCGCAGGAAACAACAGCGAGGAUGAGGGAGAUGGAUCUCACGAGAGAGAGAAGAAGAAAACCCCCGCAAAACGCUGGCUUGAGGCUUCGCGAUCGCGGUAGAUGAUGUUCUUUUCUUUUUCCGUUACUUGUACACUAUAUCGUCUUAAUCAACGCAAGGCUGUGUAUGCACUGCUGGAAGCGGUCGCAUCUUUUUUUCUCGCUUUGUUUGUUUCGCUAUGAAUGAUUUUGCUUGAUGUGUUGAGAUUUGGCAUUGAAGCCUUGUGAGGGCAGGCCAGGGGUGUUGGGCUAUGAUGGCUACGAAAACCAAAUGUGAUAUCCGGAGAUGAUCCGUAAAUCUGUGAUAUCUUCAGUGGGCCUUAAUAGCCGAGGAUUAGAUAAUGUGUGUGUGUGAGAGAGAGAGAGAGAGAGAGAGACAUGUUGUGCUGCGUGGGUAGAGACUAGGAAUAUCAGGUGAUGUAUUUUUUGUUGUAAACUUUUCUCUUCGGGGGUUGAUGGGAAUUUGGCAGCAUGAUAGAUCAUCUAUUGCACUGCAUUCCGACUGGGGAGGUGAGUGAGCUGGCCCCAGCUUUAGUACCCAAGCAUUCAAGGUAAGGAAGGUAGUGUGUCAGUCCCAAUCAUGUCGUGCUCGCUUUUGAUGUCUUGGUUCCGUUGGACGACAGGAAAGGUGGGGGGUGAGGAGAGAGCUGUCUGAUGCA